AUGAUGCGUGUUUUAAGUUUUUUGUUUCUAGUUUUCUUUUUGAUAAGUACCGUUUAUAGUAGAAUCGUCGAUAAAAGGAAAUGUCCUGAAGUAAGAGCGGUGCCGCAUUUUGAUUUAUCUCAGAUGCUGGGUGAUUGGUUUGUAGUGGAGUACUACGCCAGUGCUGAAGAAGCACUUUCCUAUAGUUGUAUGAGAGCCGUUUUCACAGAGGACGACCAUGUUCAGGCAGAAGACGGGUCAAUAGAAUGGACGCCUGGAGUGACAAUGAAUUUCACAUACCGUUUCGCUGACGAUCCAAUAGGAGAAAAUCUUUUGGGGAACAUCACUUGGAAAGUUGAUCUCAACGAGCCAGCUCAUUGGACGCAUUCUGAAAUUACUUAUGAUGGCAUUUACAAUACAUAUGUACUGGAUACAGAGUAUAAGACUUGGAUGCUGUUACUUCAUUGCGCCGAACAAAGAGAGGGCGCUAGAUAUCUCAGUGCAUUUGUACUAUCCAGAAAAACGACACUACCAAAGAAUGUGAUGGCAUAUCUGAGAGACAAGUUGCCAAGAUAUGAUGUUGACAUCAAGUACGUAUUUCCAAUCCCUCAUGACGACUGUUCUGACAAACCAGCUAAAUCUGACUUCUCUCCCAUUCUCGUCGAAGUCGGAAGCAAGACACCCAAACGCCCUGGAGUCAGUUACAACGUUGCUUUUGGUCAUUGA